AUGGAAGGCAUCAUCCCGUUCAUCUUCAAGGUUAUAGCGCAGUACAAACAAGAAGGGCAGGCCGCCUCCUUCGCUGGCAUGGCCUCCGACGAUUCUGUCGAACCCUCCCCGGUGUCGUCAUCGUACGUGCUCCUGCCUGGUGACUCCUACGGGCGCCACCGCGACGAGAGGGACGACGGCCGGCAGCUCUGCCCGACGUCCGUGGACUCCGAGGCCGUCACCACCUGCACCGCGAGACCGUCUCCGCUCCGAUGCUCGACGCUGCGCCGGCGAGCCUAG